UAGACUUGCAUUUUGGAUGGAACGAUUUGCCAUUUGGUUUGAACGAUUUGCCUUUGUGUUAAUAUGUCGCUGCUGGCUUGCUGUAGAACAAGAAGCAGAACCAUCAAAUCAGUGGAUCCGACUUCAUCUGGCUACGGCCUUGUUUCUUUUUUUGUUGUCUAACAUCAUCUACUUUGUCCUCUUUCUUAUCGACAUGGCCUCAAAAUUUAAUCACAAGAAAACAGAGAAGGGGGACAAUGGAAAUAUUAGUGAGAAAUUACGAGAAAACAAUGGUGAUGAUGAUGUUGAUGCUGAAGUGUAUAGAAUUGCAUUCCGGACGGAACGGCUUACCAUCUUACUUUUGCUAAUAUGUUUCUGGUUUUCAUUCGAGUGGGCCCGAGUAGGUCUGCAAUUGGCCGUGAUUCUCUUUUCCAGCACCAACAUCCUCUACUUGCUGGUGUUUUUUGACUCACAAUUAAAUCCCAAGAUCGGCACUGCAUCUCAAAAAUCACACCUAAUUGAGAAAACUGAAAAAGGUGACAAUCGAAAUAUUAAUAACGAAUUGCGAGGGAACAAUGCUAAUACUGACAUCAAGUUAAAGGGACAAAUUCAGUGUGCUAAGCUACCGCCAUCGAAGGAUCUGAAGUUGAAGGAAGAAAAGGUUAUAUGCGACCAGAAUAACCAAAAGAAGAGCGGUGACCUGAUGGCCCGCCAAGAAAAAGAGUACUAUGAAGAAUCGAAAAGAACUGCAAUUGACAAUGGCGGCAAGACUACAAAAGAAGAUGACUGUAACAAUAAUGAUGGUGGCAAUGGUAGCCACCUAAAAGAAGAGAAGAAUGGAAAAAAUAAAAGGAAUGGAGAGUCGGAAAGAGCUUGUUCAAGUGCUGCAAGAGACGAUGGGAAGGACUUGAACACGGCAAAAGAAAAUGAUGGUGACAGGAAGGGUGGUGGCAACGGUAGCUGCCACCUAGAAGAAGAGAAGAAAGCAGGAAAAGAUAAAAGGAAUGAAGAGACGGAAAGAGCUCGUUCAACUGUUGCAAAUGACAAUGGCAAGGACUUGAACACGGCAAAAGAAAAUAAUAAUGAUGGUGACAAGAAGGAAGCACGGAAAUUAAAUGCCAAAUUGGAAGAAGACUUACCAGCAUGUGAAGAAAGGAAUAUAUUGAAAAUAAGUUACGAUGAGGCAGCAAAGAAAAAUGAAUUGGAAGCAUCAAGAAAUAAGUAUGAAGAAGAUUACCGGAAGAAGUUGAAGGAAAAGAAAGAUAAAUGGGCGAAAAAGCUGUGGCAAGCCACAGAAAAAUAUGAAGAGGAUUGCGGCAAGUGGGAGGAGGAGAAAUGCAAUAUUGCUACAAAGCUUUAUGCCGCGAAAACAUCUUCUGAGGUCUACCAUAAUCUAUUGCAAGACUCAGAAGAAAAUCGCCGUAAAUUAGAAGAAGAGAAGAACAAUCUGACUGCACAACUCUGUGCUGCUACUGCACUAUCUGAACUUUAUCGUGCCAUGUUGCAUGACUCUUGUUACAAGUAAUCAACUUAAUUUUUUUCCCUUAUAAUUUUUAGUAUCACAGUUGAUAGGAUUUUAUUUACUUUUCUUUGUUAGAGAAGUUAAUAUUAAUGUAUUAGUCAUUAAGUUUCGAGUUUUGGUCUUUCUUAAUGUCACACUCUCAAAACGCAGUUACUGGAAAUAAUUAU